AUGGCUAAUCAAGACGCCACUGAUCUGGGCAUCCUCUGGACCAGGGCGGUUGAUAAAUACACCCAAAAGACUGGUCAAAAGUUGGCUCACUUGCGGGGCCAAAGCAUCAGCGAUGUGAUGCAAACAACAGCAGUCGAAAAGAAACGAUUCGAGAGUUACCGACACGACAAUGGAAAACUUGACAAAGUGCGAGCAGCCUUCGGACGCCAUCUCGACGGCAUGCAAAAAUGCCUUGACGGUGUACAGACGAUAGGCGAGGCUGCAUCUGCUUUUCCUCCAGCUAUGCCUGUGGGAAUCAUCUUUGCUGCUUGUGGCCACAUGUUCCAGGCGUUCGCCGGAGUCCAAAAGGACUACGAUCAGGCAGAAGCUUUCUUCGAUCAUUCACGCCGCUUUUUUGACAAUCUGACUCUCCUCGAGGGCAAAACAGAUCCGAGACCAUUAGCCAAAGCUAUUGUUCGCACUUUCGCGUCUCAAUUGGUGAUUUGUGGUAUCGUGCAAGAUAUGAAAAACAAUGGGCGCUUCAAGCAAUGGCUCAAUGCACUCUGGAACCUCGAAAGUCCAGAGCUUGCUGCUGCAUACGCUGAGAUGCAAGCUUCUAUCGAAGAGUUAGGUGCGACUGUUGGCUACGCGACUUACAGUGCUAUUCGCGAUGCCUACGAGGAGCUCAAGGCGACACACGAAGAUGUAGGGGAAAUCAGCGAGAAGAUUGACGAGCUAGACGCUAACAUCAGUCGCGUUCGAGAAUCAAUGGGUGAACAGCUGCAGACUUUGUAUGCCAGCAAUCUUGGCCUUGACAAGAAGAUCACAGAAGGAUUUUAUGGUGUUCAAGCAAAACAAGACGAGGCGUACGCUGUACAACUACGCAUCGCCCAAAUGCAGGAGAACCUACUCAAUGCAUUCGAAAAGGCAUCGAUGCCUGCAUCAUCCGAUACGAAGUCUCACUCCGGAGACCUACCGAGCGACAGCGCAAAUGAGAAGGCUCAAGCCUUGGAUACUGUUAAAACGUUCUUCAUCGGAAAUAGCAUCCUCUUUCCGAGAAUUGAAAAGGUUCUUGACGCGAAUCGAAUAGAAAGGGAACGCAUUAAGCGAGAACGUGUUGAUGAUAGUGUCGCAUGGCUUGCAGAGCAUCCAAACUUCACCCGAUGGCUUGAUGGUCAAGUCACUUGCCUUAGGAUCUGUGGUUCUACUGGAAUGGGUAAAAGUUUCUCGAUGGAGGCGGCAAUUGAUCUGGUGCAGCGAUCUACAAACCCACCAUCUGAUGUUGCAUAUUACUUCGUACAACCGGAUCUUGACCUUCCACAGUCAACAGAGGCAGCCUUCGCAUGUGCAGCCUUGCAAGUGGUUGAAGCUAAUCAUCGCUACGCUGAGCAAGUCGCGUCUGACAUAAAAGAGGAUGUUCAAAAGCUUGUGAACCGUGUCAACAGGUUGGUGUACUGGAAGACAAGCGGCGUUAUCGAAGCAGAUACCUCCACAGACUUGGUUGAUGUCCCAAUAUGGAAACGUUUCUUUACGUCCGGAUAUACGGAAAUCGCUUCAUCCAAACGUCGGCUGUUUCUAAUCCUGGACGGUAUGGACGAGCUUCCAAAUGGCCUUGAUCAACUUGUAGCAUUCUUACUCGACCUUCAACGAUCAGAGGCACCUAUUCACGUGCUACUUUCCACUCGAGACGCGGCCUGGCCAUCUGACUCACGAAUUCAGACAGUCACUAUCGAUCUGACAAGAGACUUGAUUGCUCCAGGUCUGAAAUCUGUAGUCAAGCAUCGGUUACAGUCUUCACAACGACUGCGGAGCUUCAGUACACAGCUGAAGCGAAAGAUAUAUCGUAAAAUUGUCUCGCAAGCUGACAGCAUGCUUUACGUGGAGCACAUACUACGUAGGCUUUCUCAUAUCAGCCGGGAGAGCAUUGUCAACAAGGAGUUGGAGAAUCUGCCUAGGGGUCUUCCUGAGGUAUAUUCAUCCUUGAUGGAAGAAUGUGGAAGAUAUCGUUCGAAGAAGCAGUUAGAAGGGCUGAGGACGCUCUUCGCUUGGCUUGCUUUCUGCAAGCGACCUCUGACGCUAGGAGAGGUUAUAACCCUGUUCAGGGCAUCUGAGCCGAAUGAAAGCCUCAAACUCGAUAUCGAAGAAGAAAUCACCGUCAAAUGUUCUAGCAUUCUUGAGUUAUCACAAUCUCAUGUUAGGGGCAUUGAUACAAAGGCGACAAGUCAAGAAGAUGUUACUGAGUUUGACGACGAUCAGUCGAGCGAUGACGAUGAGAUGGAUGUAGAGUUGUUCAAUGCGGCUAAUGUUGCUUUUGCGGACCAGCCAUUGCGACGAUACUUCAGAAGCGCAACGUUGGCGUCAGCAACCGAUCUGAAGGAUCUUCGGAUUGCAGCUCCGCAGGCACAUCUGAGGCUGUUCUCGGCAUGUAUCGACAUCAUUAUAAAGACAACAAACCAAGCAGAACCGCAGCAACACAUUCAAGAAUACGCCGUCGUGUACUGGAAAGAACACUUUUGCGAACUCAAUUCAGAGGAAUCCUCUGAAACAAUGGCUUGCCAGGUGGUGUGUGCUUUGCAUUUGCUGAUGACCAACGUAGACCCAUAUGCGCAAGUUCUGUCUAGGAAACAUAUAUCGCCCUCUGAAUUUUACCCCGACCGCACAUCUUCCACGAUCCCAUGGUAUGAACGCAUCCUCGCUUGGACGAAACAAGGAUUUGAGUUACCGGCUGGCUCACUCCCCCCACACGUUAUGGAAUGGGCGAUGAGCAUAGACCGAGAGAGCAUUCUACUUACAUUUGGACGAGGGCAUUACAAUGUCUGGAUGCGUAACGCCAACGAUACAUCUCCCAGGGGGUAUGAGCUUGCGCAGCGCUGCGCCCAACUUGCUGGUGUACUCGAAUGUACAAUCGAAGACGAUCCCAUGAAGGACGGAUUGUCUCUUGUUAAUUAUUUCAGUCCAGGAAAUAUGGAUACCGAUGUUCUUAGGGCACUUGGAUUACUUGCCUGGGCUCAAUUUUGGAAGUUCGACUUCAAAGGGAACCGUACCGCAAAGAAUAACGUCAUAAAAGAAAGCAGCAAUUACCUCCGAAGAAGUCUAGAGUCCAUGCACUCUUUCGGAAUGGAAAGAGUUCGGUUGAUACGCUUGCUGUAUUUCAAUAGAAAUACCGUUGGAGCAUUUGAAUCGACACAAAUGCUCAAGUGGGCGGAUGAAGGGCUAGCCAUACUGGACAGGCUCGAUCCACUUGCUUCUACAGUCCAAGAGAAGCAAGAAAUUCAAGAGAAACGGAGAGAGCUUCUGACUCGCAAGAUCAUGUCUGGUUUGAUGCCAUUGAACCAGUGGGAAGACCUUCACGAAGCAUGCAAGUUAUACCGAGCAAAAUAUGGCUUGGCUGCCUCGCUCCCGCAACAAGACAUGAUGGAGGCGUUCAUCACCGCCUGUGAUAAAUUGGAUCCCAGUGGUCGGCAAAGAAAGCAACUGAUGCAGAGUCUUUCAAAGAAGGAACGACAAGUCUGGUUGGGAUGGCUGUUCAACAGGAUCACAACCUCGGUUCAACGGAAUGCUACGCGGAUCAGCGAUUGGGCGGGAAGUGAAGACGUGCAUCUUUGGAUAACGUGGCUCACAGAGUUCGAGAAAUCGCGACCUUGGCGUCCAUUCUACGGAUUGAAGAAGCGCAAUGUACUAUGGCCAGACCCAUAUCAACGCUUAGUAGCACUGGGAUGUCUCGCUCAUCUAUACUUCGAGAAUUUACACGACGCGGAGCAAGCAAAGAAGAUCCACCGAAAGAUACUCGCUCUGGGGGAGCCGAAAGUUCAGGACAGAAAGUUUGGAAUGAAACGUGAGGUGGAAAGAAUCCGCAAUCGGCACGUUGGUCUCAUCUUCGCACAAUUCCAGGACGCUACAAGCUGGUCACGCAAAGAAGCAUUACUAGGCGAAGCCAUGACUAUGCCAAACUUUAGUGACGAAAAUUUACAUGGCUGUCACGCUGGUGCGCUCGUCGCUAGGAUGCUCAAAGUUGUUGAGCCCAAAAAGUACCAGCCUUUCAUGGAGAACACAUUCAAAGUACUCGUAAAUGAUCUCAAAGAUGGGAUCGCUUCCAACGACGGGACAAGUCUCACCGCGCUUGCAAUGCUGCUCGCAUCAUUGCCCAGUUUAGAACGCGAUGCACUGAUCGCAUUAUCGCUGCGGCAUUCGGUGCUUGAUCGCGAACUCCACGGGCGCGUCUAUGACGACGAGAAUAGCGAUACUCACGGUGACUUGUCAGGCUACAUAGCCUAUUGCGAUCGCUGCAAGAAAUCUGGUUCAGAUUGGACAACGCCUCUCUGGAAAUGUUUGGAAUGUGCGAAUGUUGAUCUUUGCGAUGCAUGCCUUCAAAGUCAUAGGGCCUGUCUUCGCGAAGCCCAUAAUGAUGAGUCAUUUAUCCACAAGGAGCUCAAAGAUUGGGCAAAACUCUGCAUCGAGACGCAUAGAUUCAUCAGAGGUCCUAUCAAGGGUUGGAGAGGUGUUCGAAAAGGCGUGAUUCGCGUUGGUGAAAACUGCUUCGAGGUUAAGGAUUGGCUGGAUAGUUUGAGAGAGGAGCGAUGGCCAAAGGCUUGGGCAUGGUACUGGAAAACAUGUGGACUCAACCACGAUGUCGGUGGUGAGGGUGACUAG